GGGCGCCGCGAUGGGAACCGCAGCGGCCACAAGUACUCGCAGCCGCGCCGGUAUCGCUCCUUUUCCGCCUGUGCGUGAGCGGGCGGGCCAUAAGGCCCUGCCAGCUCCGCAAGGAACAGCACCGACACACAGCUAUCGCAGCUGCAGCCGCCGCGGCCGCAGCCCACGGGUCGUCCCCGCCCCAUCUGUCAACGCGAAGCGCGCGAGUCGCCCAAGGCCCGCGAUCAUGCCCCAACCCCCUGCAACACCGAGACGCCCGUUCUGGCUGUACUGCGGCGGCUGUUGAGCUGGCAAGCAUGUGUGUUGGUGGCUGUGGGCCAUGCGUCCUAGACAGGUGGUGCGGAAUAGCGCGGCGGCUGUGGAGAAUUCUUUGCUCCUGCGCCUGUCUACUGAUGGGGGGACGUGGCCGUUGCAGGUGCUAACGUAGAUGGCUCGACAGCUUGAGUCGCGCUAGGAUGCGUGAGUUGGAUGUCUAGGACGUGGACAUGGCCGUGACGUGCACCAUUGUUGGUGCACGUGCACCGAGCCCGACGGGAAACCUGAGGGACAAGCGUGAUGCUAGCAGUACCCCGGCGGGGGCGGGCCCAAACCCAAACCCAACGGGAGAGACUCAACCCCAUCCUCUUACCUAUCGCCUGGCCGGGCGCCCGGAGCAUGAGGAAUGCGCAUCAGCAAACUUCCAGCCAGCCAGCAACUUGUCGGUACAGUAACUCCGGCGUUCGACCAGCCAUGCACUCCUGCUCUGCCGCUGCAAACUGUUUGCUGUCUGCUUGGGGUACGGGCGUCAGCUGCACCCUAUGGGACCUCGCCAACCUGCCUGAACCCUGUCCCAUCACACAUCCUCUUACCCGGGGAGCACGCUGUCACGCAGCGAGUCGGCGAUGUGCUCGCGAUGGGGAACUUUGGCAAUGAAAUAACAUACCUACGUCUGAUUUAUUCUGCGUAGCGUACACAGCUUGUGUUGUCCACCAAUACUAUCAUCACCUGCUUCAAGUUGCCUUCUCGAGUUUUAGAGAGUUCGAUGAGGCCCGGAAAUGGUAAAUCCUUGCAUUUCUAGGCGUAUAUGGAUUGAUGCGGGUCGUUAAGAUAAUUUUGGAAC